AUAACUAGAUCUGUCCGACCCGAUCAGUUUCCCUCCUCUUUUUCCCGCCAAGAAAAACACAAACCCCGGCGAUUGGAUUUUGCAGAAGAAAAUCAAUUCGAUUCGAUUCAUAAUUUGAUACUGAGAAAAUGGAGAAGGAGACGGCAGCUCCGACGGGUUGCUACAAGUGCGGCCGGCCUGGUCACUGGGCGCGCGACUGUCCCUCAGCCCCUCCUUCCAACAAUUCCAAUACCGAUCCUCCUCCUUCCUCCAAACCCAAAACUCCCUUCACUUCUUUCAAGAAUACCUCCGCCUCUGGCUCUGGCUCUGCUGCAUUUAGAUCGGGACUCACCGACAAACCCGCUGCCAAACCCAAGAAGGUUUCGGCUCCGAGGACAAGGCCCAAGCUCACCCCUCAGCUCUUUCUCUCCGACGAGGGUCUCGGUUAUGUCCUCCGUCACUUCCCCCGCUCCUUCAAGUAUCGCGGUCGCGGCCACGAGGUCGGCGAUUUGGGGAACCUAAUUAAGAUGUAUGGUGAUUGGCACUCGCGUUUGCUUCCUUAUUUCUCAUUUGAUCAGUUCGUCCAUAAGGUGGAACAAGUUGCAACUACAAAACGUGUAAAGACAUGUCUUAGAGAAUUAAGAGAGAGAGUUGCAAAUGGAGGGGAUCCAGCAAAAUUGCACGAACCGCCAGUUGACCAAGACACUCAGCAUGAUGCACUUGCUAUGAGUUCUGAAGAAGUACAGCAUCAACAGGAAGCGUCCACUACAAAGAACCAUGAGGGUAACAAUGUACAGGAGGACAUAUUUCAGGAUAUUUUUGAAAAUGCGGUUGAAGAACCUUCCCAGACCUUACACUAUGAGAUGGUUUCUGCAAAAGAAUCACCUAAACAACCAAACGACAAUGUUAGUAACUCCAAAGAAAAUGAGAUCACAGAAGAACAGAAAGUCCGAAUGGAAGCUAACAGACUCAAAGCACUAGAGAAAGCAGCUGCCCGGGCCCGCCCACUGCAGGAUACAUAACUGUUCAUUUCAUUUUGUUGAAAUAUGCUUCUUGUAUUAUAAGAUUUUACACCAAUAGACAACUCCAUUUCUUUGUGGUCCUCCAUAUGACAAAUUGCAAAAGAGUUUCUCAUCAAAUUUAACUAUUUUCAAAAUGAA